CGCCCCCUGCCCUCUACUGCCACUUCCUUUCUUGGUUGCACUUGUCCUUCCAUGGCCCCCAAAAGCCACCAUCUCACCCCCCAAAAGUUCAAAAAGACGGGUCCAACUCUCUCUCUCUCUCUGCAUCUGCCUCAUUCUAUGGGGUCUAUACAUAAGCACAAACACACGGGCCUCAAAUAAUUUAACUGCAUAUCAUCACUGUCUCUAAUCUAGAACUUGUGAAUUGACAUGGCCGUUGUCAGUAAGCUUCUUUCCAUUUCUUCUCAUUCACCCCACUUCAGGAAACCCCGAAGUUCUUUCACCUUCAACCCAGUCACUUCGGCCUCACCCUUCACCGAAAAACACUCAAUCGAGCGCUACAGAAGAGAAUCCACCUGGCUGUCCACGAACCAGCUAAACCGACCCGUUUCUUUUCCACCCGAUUCGGACCCAUCAUCAAUCCGGGAGCAAGACAUAGCCCUGCAGCUGCCGGAGCUGAAGAGGCUGCUGGAGGUCUUGAGAGACAAGAGAGAGAGUGGCGGAGAGAGAGGGAGGGGACCCGGGAACGUGUUCUUGGUCGGGACCGGACCCGGUGACCCGGAACUGUUGACGGUGAAGGCUGUGAGAGUGAUUGGGAGUGCGGAUUUGUUGUUGUACGAUCGGUUGGUGUCUAAUGAGGUGUUGGAUUUGGUGGGUACGGAGGCUAGGCUUCUGUACGUGGGCAAGACUGCUGGGUACCAUAGCCGAACCCAGGAAGAGAUCCAUGAAUUGCUUUUGAGUUUUGCAGAAGCAGGGGCUACUGUUGUAAGACUUAAAGGAGGGGAUCCACUGGUGUUUGGAAGGGGUGGGGAGGAGAUGGAUUUCCUGCAACAACAGGGAAUUCAAGUGCAAGUCAUUCCAGGUAUUACUGCUGCUUCUGGAAUAGCAGCAGAACUGGGGAUUCCAUUAACUCAUCGUGGUGUUGCAAAUAGUGUAAGAUUUCUUACCGGCCACUCAAGGAAAGGGGGAACGGACCCCCUGUUUGUAGCGGAGAAUGCAGCUGACCCUGAUUCGACCUUGGUGGUUUAUAUGGGCUUGUCAACUCUUCCUUCUCUUGCUGUGAAGUUGAUAAAUCAUGGUCUGCCACCCGAUAUACCAGCUGCUGCAGUUGAGCGAGGGACCACACCUCAACAACGCAUGGUUCUUGCUGAACUGAAAGAUCUUGCCGACGAAAUUGCAUUAGCUGAAUUAGUAUCACCUACUCUAAUCAUCAUCGGGAAAGUUGUUUCACUUUCACCAUUCUGGCCCCACUCCUCCAAAGAGGCACCAGCCUUGGUGCAGGCAAGAUAACAUGUUGUCAUGGAUUCUGAAUGUUGUCUCGAAUUUUCCUGCCGGAUCAUUAACCUGGCUGCUUUCACUGAAUGGGAAUUGGUUUUGGAGCAUUGGUUGCUGUGCUUCAGGGUCGCAUAUUAUUUGUUUCAAUAUUUUGGAUCGAGAAUAUGAUGAAAUUGAUCUACAAAGAGCAUUGGAACUUUUGCUGCGUCUCUGCUUGUUGAAAGUUGUGCUAAGAUUGUGAAAAGCUCUCUGAGAUUCUCAUUGACCGCUCAUGGCAGAAAGCAAGAUUGGCCAUUGACCACUCAUGGCAGAAUGAAUUCGAUACUUCAGACGGAGUAUGUAUUAUCAAAAUGAGUAGGACUAGGUUUUCUGAUAAGUCAUAAUGUGAGCAUCACCUUGUAACGCUGAUGGCAUCCGAAUUUUGGCAAUUUCUUCCAAGGAAUUUGAUUGUUUUUGGCAUCUGUUUGUGAAUGAGUGGGAGUUGAUGGUUGAAAUG